AUGGCCUUGGUCGGGAAGAAGCCUUACCCCAAGGCCACAGUGAAGAAAAUCAUAAAAGCACAUUCGAAUCUCAACAUCAAGAAGAAUGCAGAUGUCACGGUGUAUCUAAAUUAUGUGCUGUUCAUGGAAUCUCUGGUCAGAGAGGCUGCUAUCCACUCGAAGCAGUCCGGCGAACGAGCACUCGCAGCCCGGAGUGUGAAAAAGGUCACGCGAGAUACCUUGAGCAAAUUCAAAGGAUGA